GCCACCCCCGCGGGGACAGCGCCGGGACCCCCCUGGCGUGGCCCCCGUGUCCCCGCCGUGUCCCCCGCGCUGUCCCCGGCCGUGUCCCCAUGUCCCUGGCGCUCAAGGCCCGGCAGCGGGCGAGGCGCAAGGGCGGCUCCCGGGAGCGGCUCUUCGGCUGCGACCUCCGCGAGCAUCUCCAGCGCUCGGGGCAGGACGUGCCGCAGGUGCUCCGGAGCUGCACGGAGUUCGUGGAGCAGCACGGGGUGGUCGAUGGCAUCUACCGCCUGUCCGGGGUGUCCUCCAACACCCAGCGGCUGCGGCAGGAGUUCGAGGCGCAGCGCAGCCCGGACCUGUCGCGGGACGUUUACCUGCAGGACGUUCACUGCGUCAGCUCCCUGUGCAAGGCCUACUGCCGCGAGCUGCCCAACCCCCUGCUCACCUACCAGCUCUACGACAAGUUCGCCGACGCGGUGGCCAUCCAGAUGGAGGAGGCGCGGCUGGUGAAGAUCAAGGAGGUGCUCAAGGAGCUGCCGGCGCCUCACUACAGGACGCUGGAGUUCCUGAUGCGGCACCUGCUGCGCAUGGCCGCGCACAGCGGGCGCACCAACAUGCACGCGCGGAACCUGGCCAUCGUCUGGGCGCCCAACCUGCUGCGCUCGAGGGACAUCGAGGCCUCGGGCUUCAACGGCACGGCGGCGUUCAUGGAGGUGCGCGUGCAGUCCAUCGUGGUGGAGUUCAUCCUCACCCACGUGGAGCAGCUCUUCGGGACGCGCCGCUCCGAGGUGGGGACACCGCGGGGACACUGGGGGGACAGUCCCCGUCGCUCGCUGCUCCUGCCCGGGGGCGCUGCCCCCCUGCACGUCCCGGCCGUGCUGAGCCAGGGCGACGGCCCCCCCCAGAUGCGGCCCUACCACACCAUCAUCGAGCUCGGCGAGAACAGGAGCAAGGGCUCCCUCAAGGCCAAGAAGUGGAGAUCCAUCUUCAACCUGGGCCGCUCCGGGCACGAGGCCAAGCGGAAACCGGGGAAGGCGGAGGAGAAAGAGAAGUGUGGGAAGGUCACUCUGCGGCCGGCCAAGAGCAUGGACUCGCUCAGCUCCGGCCCCUCCGGACCGGCCGUGUCCCUCUGUCCCUUGGGAUUGUCCCUCCAACCCCUUGGGAUUGUCCCUCUGUCCCCUGGGAGUGUCCCUCUGUCCCCUGGGAUUGUCCCUCUGUGCCCUGGGAGUGUCCCUCUGUCCCCUGGGAUUGUCCCUCUGACCUCUGGGAUUGUCCCUCUGUCCCUUGGGAUUGUCCUUCUGUCCCCUGGGAUUGUCCCUCUGUCCCCUGGGAUUGUCCCUCUGUGCCCUGGGAGUGUCCCUCCAACCCUCGGCAUUGUCCCUCUGUCCCCUGGGAGUGUCCCUCCAACGCCUUGGGAUUGUCCCUGUGACCCCUCAGGAUUGUCCUUCUGUCCACUCAGGAUUGUCCCUCUGUCCCUUGGCAUUGUCCCUCUGUCCCCUGGGGAUUGUCCCUCUGACCCCUCAGGAAUCCCCCCUAUGCCCCGGCAUCCCCCCGCACCCCCGGGACCCCCCUGGCCCCCGGGACGCCCCCACACCCCGGUAUCCCCCCUGGCUCCCGGGACCCCCGGGACCGCCCGGCCCCGGCCCGCUCCGGACUCUUCCCCCGCAGCCCCGGACGCGGCGCGGCUGCUGCCGAAGCUGUCGGUGAAGCUGCGGCCGCAGCGGCAGCACAGCUCGGACGCGGCCCCCGCGGCCCCGGAGCCGCCCCCGGAGCUGGACGAGAGCCUGGAGGAGCCGCUGGAGGCGGCGGCCGAGAGCAGCACCCAGUCGGAGCCCACCACCCCCAAAGCCCCCCGGGCCGGGCCGGGGGUCUGCGGCCGCUCCCGCGCCGAGAAAUGCGCGGGGCUCCACAUCUCGGGCCCCUUCUCGGUCACCGUCCCCUUCCACAUCACCUCCAACCUGUCCCGCCUCACCCGGGGGCUGCCGUGCCCCGCGCUGGAACGGGAGCAGACCCCCGGCAGCGCCCCCGAGCCCGCCCGCGACCCCCGGCCCCGCUCCGAGGACGCGGAGCAGACCCGGCUCUCCCUGGAGCUCCGCGACUCCUUCGCCUUCCUGGACGGCCCCGAGACGUGGCUGGAGGGCGGCGGCGACGCGGAGGCGGCGCGGAGCCCCGGGACCGGGGAUGAGACCCCCGGGACCGGCGAUGAGACCCGCGGGAUGGAGGAAUGGACCCCCGGGAUCGGGGAUGAGACCCCCGGGACCGGCGAUGGGACCCCCGGGAUCGAGGAAUGGACCCCCGGGAUGGAGGAUGGGACCCUCGGGAUCGAGGAUGGGACCCUCAGGAUGGAGGAUGGGACCCCCGGGAUCGGGGACGGGUUCCCGGCCGUGGAGGAGGCGAUGGAGAGCGGGUUCAUGAACCCAGGUGAGCGCUGGGCGGAGCAGCCGGACAGUUACCUGUCCAUCGAGGAGUGCACGGAGCAGGACAUGUUCUUCCUGGCCCCCGGCGCCUCCGACCCCGACUCCGACCCCGAGGAGAUCUUCCUGAGCGCCCACGAUGAGCUCAGCCCCCUGGGGACCCCCGAGGGACCCCCGGGGAGAGCCCUGGAGAUCCCAGAGAUCCCAGAGAUCCCGGAGACCACAGACAUCCCAAAAGCCCUGGAGAUCCCAGGGAUCCCGGAGAUCCCGGAGACCACAGACAACCCAAAACCCCUGGAGAUCCCAGGGAUCCCAGAGAUCCCAAAAAUCCCAAAAGUCCUGGAGAUCCGGGAGAUCCCAGACACCCAAGGGAUCCCAGAAAUCCCAAAUGCCCUGGAGAUCCCAGAGACCCCAGAAAUCCCAAAAGCCCUGGAAAUCCCAGAGACCCCAAAAGUCCUGAAGAUCCCAGAGACCCCAAAAGUCCUGGAGAUCCCGGAGACCCCAGAAAUCCCCGAGAUUCUGGCCCAAACACCCCUGGAAAAGCACAGUCCAGGAGUGGGGGACGCCCCCCGGGACCCCCCCUGGGGAAGGGGGCGGAGGGGAGGGGGCUGCAGAGGGAGACCCCAGCCCCAGGCCGGGGGUGUGGGGUGAGGGAGGAGGGCUCGGGGGUCCCGCGGGGAACAGAGCUGGGUCCCAG